AUGCAUUGUGAUGUGAAGCUUGUGAGGGAAAACACAAACAUUGGCUUGACAAUAGUCUAUGGUAGUAAUAACCCCAUGGAGAGGAAGGUUUUUUGGCGUAGUCUCAUAAAUAAAUCCCAUAUGAUGCAAAACUCCCCUUGGAUUAUAUUGGGUGAUUUUAAUGCUAUUAAACACCCUCAAGAAAAGGUUGGUGGGGCACCUUGGGGUAAUUACUACUGUGAAGACCUUAGAAAUUGCAUGAGGGAUGCUGAAUUGGAUGACCUAAGGUUCAUGGGUCAUCUCCUAACUUGGAGCAAUUGUAGUGAAGGUGAGAGAAGGAUUGCAUGCAAACUAGAUAGGGCUCUUAUAAAUGAUUCUUGGAAGGAUAUAUUCCCAAAUGCUAUGGCUCAUUUCCUCAACCCCUCUAUAUCCGAUCACUCUCCUUGCAUGGUAAGAAUGGGAACCAUAGAAGGUUGUAGGAAAGUCCCUUUUAAGUUCUUUAAUAUGUGGACCCACCAUGAAAACGUUCUUGACAUUGUUGUUGAAGUUUGGAACUAA